CGUGCGUCCGUGCGUCUCUCCGUUGCGCAUUUCCGUUGCCCAUACGUCACUUCUGGAUGUCAAUAUGCGGCUCGGUGCGGCGCAGGGAAACAGAGCCGCUGUGAAGAUGUAAACCAACCGAGCCACCUGCCCCAGAGCGAGAGCCGAGAACCGAACAAGCCCGAGACAAACCUCAUUGGCACCGGGACGCACACAUCUCCAAACCAGGCCCUGAUCAUCCGAGUGUCUCCCCCUCGCGUCCCUGGACUCUGUAGCAGCCAUCUUUAGUGGAGGAUGUCGCGGGCCUCGCUGCUGCUCCUCGCCGCGGUGCUGCUGUCCGCUGUGGGGCUGCUGUCCGGGCUCCCCGCGCUCACAGAGCCAAAGGACUGCGACAAACCGUGCAUGAACGGACAGUGCAACCCGAGCACCGGCGGCUGCGUGUGCUAUCCCGGCUGGGUGGGGGACCAAUGCCAGCACUGCGGAGGACGGUUCAGGUUGACCGGGCCGUCAGGACACCUCACCGAUGGACCUGGGAACUACAAAUACAAGACAAAGUGCACCUGGCUCAUUGAGGGAGAACCAAACACGAUCAUUCGACUCCGGUUUAACCACUUUGCCACCGAGUGCAGCUGGGACCACCUUUAUGUGUACGACGGAGACUCCAUCUACGCCCCCCUACUGGCAGCAUUUAGUGGUCUGAUCGUCCCGGAGCGUUAUGGGAAUGAGACGGUUCCAGAGGUGGUGUCCCAGUCCGGAUUCGCCCUCCUGCAUUUCUUCAGCGACGCAGCGUACAACCUCACAGGAUUCAACAUCUCAUACAGGGUGAACACCUGUCCCAAUAACUGCUCUGGUCAUGGAGAGUGUCGACUGGCGAACCUGACUGGUGCAGUGAUGUGUGAAUGUGAAGAGAACUGGAAGGGGGAGGCUUGUGACAUCCCGUACUGUGAAGGCGACUGUGGUUUCCCUGACCGAGGACGCUGCCAAGAGAAAAACUGCAUCUGCAAAACCGAGUGGCAAGGUCCAGACUGCUCUGUGUCUGUCCCGGCAAACUCGUCCUUUUGGACCAGAGAGGAAUACUCAGACCCGGGGCUGAGCAGGGCGUCCCAUAAGGCUGUGGUGGACCAGGGAAUCAUGUGGGUCGUUGGAGGAUAUGUCUUUAAUGUGACAGACUACAACAUGGUCAAAGCGUUUAACCUGAGCAGCAGGAGAUGGCUGACCCUUGACCCCUCUGUGAACAUCGUCGCCCCUAGAUACGGGCACUCUCUGGCUCUACACGAGGGUAAGAUCUACAUGUACGGAGGAAAGAUUGACUCCACCGGGAAUGUGUCCAGUCAGCUCUGGGUCUUCCACAUCCAGAACCAGACCUGGGUCCAGCUCGGCCCUCGGGCCAAGGAGCAGUACGCUGUGGUGGGACACUCCGCCCAUGUCGUGCCCCCCCUCAGAGAUGGAGACAACCCUGUGAUGUUGGUGCUGUUUGGGCACUGUCCUCUGUUCGGAUACAUCAGCCUAGUGCAGGAGUAUAACAUCGGGAUGAACACGUGGAGUGUGGUGCACACAGAUGGGGCUCUGGUGCAGGGCGGGUACGGCCACAGCUCUGUGUUUGACCCUGGGACCAGAGCCAUCUACAUCCACGGAGGAUACAAGGCUUUCAGCGCCAACAAGUAUGGCCUGGCAGGAGACCUCUACAAGUUUGACGUGGACAAGAGGAAGUGGACUAUCUUGAGAGACAGUGGUUUCUUCCGGUACUUGCACACAGCGGUGAUUGUGAGUGGGACCAUGCUGGUGUUUGGGGGAAACACUCACAAUGACACGUCUAUGAGCCAUGGAGCCAAAUGCUUUUCUUCAGACUUUCUCUCCUACAACCUGGCGUGUGACGAGUGGACAGUCCUGCCUCGACCGGACCUGCACCAUGACAUCAACCGCUUCGGACACUCAGCUGUCUUCAGUGAGGGUGCGAUGUACAUUUUCGGAGGGUUCAACAGCCUGCUGCUCAGUGACGUCCUUGUGUACACUUCACCCAACUGCUCCGCCUUCUUCUCCGCCUCCUCCUGUGCUCAAGCUGCUCCCGGGAUCCAGUGUGUGUGGGACAUAAUCCAAGAGACCUGUCUGCCCUGGGACGGCAGCAUGACGGCGCCUGAACUGCCCCCAUCCUGCACCACCAGGUCAUACGCUGAUAACGAGAGGUGUGACCAGUACACCGACUGCUACAGCUGCACCGCCAACACCAACGGCUGCCAGUGGUGCUCCACACAGUGCGUCUCCAUGGCGAGCAACUGCACCUCCAGCUCGGGGUCAGUCUCAGAGUUUGACGGCUGCCCAAAGGACAACCCUACUUACGUUUGCAACAAGAAAACGAGCUGUAAGAGCUGCGCCGUGGACCAGAACUGUCAGUGGGAACCCAGGAACCAGGAGUGCAUCUCUCUGCCCGAGAACGUUUGUGGAGAAAGCUGGCACCUCGUUGGAAACUCCUGUCUAAAGUUCAUCACAGCCAAAGACUCUUAUGACAACGCUAAACUGGCCUGUCGCAGCCACAACGCCGUCCUGGCCUCUCUCACCACUCAGAAGAAGGUCGACUUCGUGCUGAAGGAGCUGCAGAUCAUGAGUGUGGUGUACAAGGCAAUGAUGACUCCAUGGGUGGGCCUGAGGAAGAUAAACGUGUCGUACUGGUGCUGGGAGGACAUGUCCCCGUUCACAAACACGUCUCUACAGUGGCUGCCAGGAGAACCCAGCGACGCAGGAUUCUGUGGCUAUUUGGCCGAACCAGCCUCCAGUGGACUCAAAGCUCAGACCUGCAUUAACCCAGUGAAUGGCAGCCUGUGUGAGCGGCCAGCCAACCACAGCGCAAAGCAGUGCCGUGUGCCGUGUGCCAUGAGAGCGACCUGCAGCGAGUGCACCACCGGCAGCUCGGAGUGCAUGUGGUGCAGUAACAUGAAGCAGUGUGUGGACUCAAACGCAUACGUCGCCUCUUUCCCCUUCGGACAGUGUAUGGAGUGGUACACCAUGAACGCAUGUCCACCGGAGAACUGCUCUGGAUACCGUACGUGUGGCCAGUGCCUGGAUCAGCCAGGGUGCGGGUGGUGCACAGACCCCAGUAACACGGGGAGGGGGCAGUGCAUCGAGGGCUCUUACCGCGGGCCGUUCCAGACCUCUGUCCCUGCUCCCUCCACUCUGCCCGGUCUGCCCCCCAGCCCCCACCCUGCGCUCAACGCUACCAUGUGCCCCAGUGAGGCCAAGUACAACUGGUCCUUCAUACACUGCCCAGCGUGUCAGUGCAAUGGCCACAGUCAGUGCGUGAAUGAGAGCGUGUGUGAGAAGUGUGAAGACCUGACGACCGGACGACACUGCGAGAGCUGCAUCUCUGGUUUCUACGGCGACCCCACCAAUGGAGGCAGCUGCCAACCAUGUAAGUGUAACGGCCAUGCCUCCAUGUGUAACCCAAACACUGGGAAGUGUUUCUGCACCACCAAAGGCAUCAAGGGCGACCGCUGCCACCUGUGUGAAGUGGAGAACCGGUACCAAGGCAACCCGCUCAAAGGAACAUGCUACUACACGCUCCUGAUCGACUACCAGUUCACCUUCAGCUUGUCGCAGGAGGACGAUCGCUACUACACGGCCAUCAACUUCGUAGCAACGCCCGAGGAGCCAAACCGAGAUCUGGACAUGUUCAUCAAUGCCUCAAAGAACUUCAACCUGAACAUUACGUGGGCCACCAGUUUCACAGCAGGUACCCAGACCGGUGAGGAGAUCCCCAUCGUCUCCCGGAGCAACAUAAAGGAGUUUAAAGACAGUUUUUCCAACGAGAACUUCGAUUUCCGCAACAGCCCCAACAUCACGUUCUUCGUCUACGUCAGCAACUUUACAUGGCCCAUUAAAAUUCAAAUUGCUUUCUCCCAGCACAGUAAUUUCAUGGACCUGGUGCAGUUCUUCGUCACAUUCUUCAGCUGCUUCCUGUCUCUGCUGCUGGUGGCUGCGGUGGUGUGGAAAAUCAAACAGAGCUGUUGGGCGUCGCGGAGGAGAGAGCAACUGCUGAGGGAGAUGCAGCAGAUGGCCAGUCGCCCCUUCGCCACCAUCAACGUCGCCUUGGAGACAGACGAAGAGCCACCUGACCUCAUCGGAGGAAACGUCAAGUCUGUCCCAAAGCCCAUCGCUCUGGAGCCAUGCUUUGGAAACAAGGCGGCGGUGCUCUCCAUAUUUGUGCGGUUACCCAGAGGCACCGGCGGUAUCCCUCCUCCAGGACAGUCAGGCCUGGCGGUGGCGAGCGCGCUGGUGGACGUCUCUCAGCAGAUGUGUGUGGGCUACAAGGAGAAGUCUGGAGGUCUGAGGAACCGCAAGCAGCAGCCCACCGCCCAGCCCGCCACCUGCAUCUGACUGCGUCCCGUCGCCAUGGAAACACCCCCUCAAAUCAACCAAUCACCGCGCCCCUGUACGUCCCCUAACCACAACACCUCAGCCCCGCGGUGCAGUGCAUGCUGGGACACUGGAGUGGAACUUUUCACGGGACUAGAGUACAGAUGAUCGGGGCGGAGGUGUCUUUGAAGGAAACCCGUGCUCUCUUUUAAACUGGACACUAGGGGGCAGCAUGGGCAGAAGGGAGGCGCACAUCCUCCUUAAAAAAAACAUUGACAUUUUACAUUUGUCGACGCCGCCUCGUGGAGCUGCGGCGUUCACGGCUUGCUGCUAGAAAAAGAUCCUCAUGUCAUAGUUUUUAAAAAGACUUUGCAAUUUUGUUUUACUUAAAUUAUUGUUGUUGUUUUUUUAUUGUUUUUUUUUUGGAAGGCGGGUGUAACUGAUUUUGUCAAGCUGCACACACAGUUCUAUUGUCUAAAUUAGUAAGUAAAUCUCUGCAGUGACACUUCCAUGACAAAUGAAUAUAGUAAUAAACACACAACAAUCAUAUUUCACAUGCAACAAUACAAUAUGACUAGUGCAGUUUUCAUUUUUUUCUUAUUGUUAAAGAUAAUUGAUUAACUUUACAGAUUUGGGAUUGAAAACUGGAUUAAACCAGGUAUAAACAAGCACUAAAACAGGACUGUACUUGGACUAAGAUGGGACUAAAGCUAGACUGGGACUAGACCAGGACUAAAACUGGAACCGGACCAGGGCGUAUUUGUUUUGCACUUGAAUCUCUACCCAUCCUUUUGAAUUCUAAAAGUUGAUUUGUCACUGGAGAAAUCUAAUAUAAAAUGUACUUAUAAACCACAGUUGUUCCUUCUCUGAGCUUCCGUGGCUAACUCUAUCCCAUUUUUCGUCUUUCGUUGGCAGUGAGCUGUAAGGGCUGAUGUCACUGCAGUCCUGUACAGCUUGGCCUGGCAGAGGGCUAACAAGCUAACAGGCUAGCAGUGCCCGCUAACAGUCUAACUUUAAUGAGGUCCACUGUAUGAGGCCGUAGCCCAUCCGAACACAGUGACAUUUCUAAUAGACCUUUCUGUACUUAUCCCCUCCUCUCUCUCCUCUCCCUCCUCUCCUCUGCUCUCCCCAUCGCUCUCCUUGACUUUCGCUGCCUCGUCUUGGGCCAAACCACAGUGUCUCACUUCUCAUAUGGUCCGAGCUGGAGCCGAGCCCACGGUUGAAUCCUCUCCAGACAAUUAGCGCACCCCCGGGGACAAAGGAGACACAGUACUUUUAAGACGAGAGAGAAACUGGGGGGGAUGGGUGAUUGAAACUGGACUGAAACAAAUGAUAACGCUGAUGAUAUUGUCCUAAACUGUUUAAUGACGGUAUAGUUAUUAUAAAGUGAUACCAAGUACGGAAUUCUUCCAACUAAAGUACUGGCCAUAUCAAGUAUAACGUUUUAAAAAGUCACUAAUUUUAGUUAAUUAAUUCAUGGGAUUAAUUUAACAAGAGCAUCCUUUUUUUCCUGACUUUUUUAUGACACCAGCCUCCUAACUUGUAAUUUGCAUGCAAAAUGUCAUAGAUUUCAUUAGAUAUCCCAGAUAAUUUAUGCCGGAUUGGAGCUGGCAUUCAUAUCCUUAUUCACUGAGUUUAAAUGUGGUUCUUGGCAAACAACAUUUAAUUCAAGCACGCUAAUGGUAUACAAGUUUGUCUCUUGAAAUUACUGAAAUAUUUGGACUUAAUGUGUUGCAUCUUGCAUCAGUGACUAAAAUGUUGUCUCAUUAACACACGCACACAUCUAUUGGCUUUAAUGUCCUGGUUUUUGUAACAUUUUGUACACUUUCUCCCAUUCAAAAGAUGUAUUUUUAAAAUUGUUAACCGCUAUGGCAAGAGACUGUCAUAAUUUUUCAUAAAGCUGAAACCCAUGGAUAUAUAACUUGAUAACUUUGCAUUUUCACAAUACGAACCAGGAAAACCCCAUUUGCUACUGUACAGUUUUUGACCAUAUUGUGCAUCGCUCAGCUCUAAUUGCACAGGACCAGUGAGGGGAAUCUUUGUUUUAUAAUGAUCGUUAUGUCACCGAGUGUCUAUAGAACAGCCAAUUGACUCCAGUGAUCACUCUAAGACGUGCGGUCGCCCUGUUGGUUCCACCCACCUUUACGAUCGUUGCCGAACAAAUCUAUUGCCUCUAAUUGCUGCUCCGUGCCCCGAACACUCCCCAUUCGUCGCCCCUCUCCUCCCCUCCUCUUCAUCGGUCAAUGGGGAUCGUUCGGCGUCCUUAUAACCGAGGGACAGCUACCCAAUUAGCCGCAGCGAAAGUGGCGUUUUAGCUCAAUAUUUUUAGACGUGAAUGCUGGCGUCAGACACUUGGACAUGGGAGGGUGACGCCAAUUGCUUCUUUGCACUAUAGAUUGUAUGCAAAUAUGACAUGGGAAAAUGCAGUUGUUAAAGAGGCUAAUCGGUAUCUGUCCUAUGUAAAUACGGCGAAUAUUUUGACUACUGAAAUUCUCAUUGCUGAAACAUCAUGAUGCAGCCACUAGAGGGCGUAGAUAAAGGCGUAAAUGUGACUUGAUGGAGCAUAGUCGUUAUCGUCACUGUUAAAAUAAAUGGGUAACAAAUGUACAUUAUUUUUAAACUGCUAGCUUACAAAAAUAAUUUCGUUUUUCCAAGUUUUGUGUCUGCGUUUUCAGUUCUACUCCCAAACCGACCAAUCACAUUCUGUUGUUUCUUCACUUCACUAUAUAAAGAUCGUCUCAGCAACUACCGUGACGUUCAGUUCCCUCUGAAAUUACUCAACUAUAAGUUCCUAUUAUUCUUAGACGUUUUUACCGCGAAAGGUUAGACUUCCACAAAACCCAACUCUGAAAAUGUAACAAAGUAAAAUCCCCCGGUGUUGUUAAACUCCCUCCCACAAGAGGUGCCGUAAUCAGGCGUUUUUGAACCAGUGUUUGGUCCUAAAGAGGAGCAUUUAAACGGAGGGCUCUUGUAAUUUUAGCCUUGUGAAAAGCACUCGGCGUCUGGGAAAGGCCACACUUUAGAAACGAGAAAAGGUCAGAUCCAAAAGCAUGAACAAAGCUGACAUGGAGUGAUUAUAAAGAGCUAGAGGUGCUCACCGCUCCACUGUACCAGACGGGGCUACGGGGCACUGCUUGGAUCAUAAUCAAGGCUAGAAUUUUCUUUUUUUUUUUAAGCAGUUAUGCAGUCUAUACGCAGUUAUUUGUGUUUACUCAGGAUAUCUUUUUUUAGUUGGAUGCACUACCUGAUACUUUCUUACGGAAACUAGCUGAUCCUAUUGCAAAACGUUAGCUUUAUGCAUUUUGAUUUGACAUUGGAGUUUCACACCAAAUAGUAUAACAUAGUAUAACAUUUCUCCCUUAUUUGGUUGCUACAGUAAAUCUUAGAUAUGUGGCAAAUGUUAAUUAAGUCAGAUGCCCUACCUGAUUCAUUUAUGGAGGCUUGGGACUUAACUUCGUCCGUGCAAUUACCCAGUUUUGAAGAUUUAUGAAUGACAUUUUGCUUUGACAUAGGACUUACUUAGGACGUACUUGACGCCACCCUUGAUUUUUCUUCACUUAUGGCUCGUUUAAUACAGGACUUUUUAGCGAUUUGUACGUUUUUUUGGUAAUAAAUUUAAGUCCGACGCUGUAUCUGACUUUUAACUUCUAAAUCCAAGUCUAAAUCCACUUCAAACAGCACAACUUAAACGUUUAUAUGGGCUUGAGGAGCGGUGUUUUUUUUCUUUUCCUUUACUCCGAUACGUGCCCUGUCACUGUAGCACUCUGCCGUCUCCGGUGGUGUAGUUGUAAUGUUGACCCAGGAGUAGUUGUGCGGUGUCCGAUCCUAAACUCGGCCUUGUGGGAAAGUGCUGACAGAGGCUGGAGUGUUUAGGGGGAGCUUCUCGGAGUAGAUAAAAUCCCUCCUCCUCAGCACUAUCCUCCAUUUUAACUGACUUUGAUGCUGUCCACAAGACAUCUGGACUUCAGCGUGCAAUGUGUGGACAGGGACUUUGCUACAGGAUGUAAAAGCCUAAUUAAAUUCAGUCUGACAGAACUUUUUAACAACCUAAGUAUACAAGUUGAGCAGUUUAAGAAAAUAGACUAGACUCAAGUGGUUUUCUUAUUUAAACAAAAGAUUUACCAAAAAAAAACACUGCUUUCCUAUCACAGUUCCUAUCCUGAUCUUUACUUUUCAUGGCAUAUUCCAACUUGUAGGUUCACUAUGCAACUUCUAGAGUCCGCCACCUGCUUGUAAUGUUCCACAAUAUGACAUUAAACGUGUCUAUCUCCAUGGGAACAAACUGGUGUCUCUUCCAUGCCGAGUUAAGGGUCCAGUCAAUGGAACGGCAAGCAAUAAAAACAUUAAAUAAGUGUAAAAUAGACAAGUUUAAUGUCAUACUGCGGAACCUUCAGGCAAAGCAAUAACAUCUCCAUGGCGACGAGCAGGUGUCGGACGCUCCGCUAGAAAAAUGACGUGUUAUAUCUUUUUGUAUGUGCCCAAUUUGUCCAAACGUCCUUCCAAAUUCUAAUCGUACAAUGUUAAGUUAUAAGAUAUUGGUGACUCUCUUUCCCCUCAAAAAAAUUACUUUCAUUGCGUAGAUCCGCUAAAAAAAACAUAUUAAACCUGAGAAUUGACCUCACCUUUCCAAACUGGUCCAGGGCAGAGCGGUACGUUGUUAAUUUCCUUGUCUUUUCGCGUCUAAACACAGCAGAAGUCCAUUCGUUCGUUAGUUUUCGUCGGCAUUAAAAACCGCUUCUUGUACCUAUGUGACGAUAACUGGAACAGACUGGGAGCGCUGUGAACCCAGACUUGCGCGUUCAUCUCUGGCCCAAAGGCACGUUGGCAGAAAGGUCAAAAGUCAAAAUCCAGACAGCGGAUGAACCAGAUGAGCGUGAUUAAAACAGGCUUGUGUAGAGUCAAGGGGAAAUGUCGUGUUGUUCAGUUGUUUAGCUCCAUGUUCUCAUAUGUUAAAACUGACACUCAAAUUUAAUGAGUUACAAAACGUCUAAUGAAACCAAUUUUUGUGAUUUAUUUCAGUGAUUAUGGUUGUGGACAGAGAG